AUGACUACGCCUACAAAAUCCCUAGAAGCAUCCACGCUCUCCCUCCUAGCACUAAUAUCACACAGCCGCAACCUCCUCUCCAGCGGCAGCAUAGCCCCAGCCCCCAAGCCCUCCACCGACAACCCACUCGACAUCCUCCACGACAUCGGCGCCCUCACACGCGCCCACACCACCAAGCUCUCCAUCGCGAUCCGGCCACCCAACAUCAUCUACGAUGCCGCCGCGCGCUGCGUCCAGGACAUCACACAGUUCGUUGUGCCCCCGCUACUGGCCACAGUGGAGCUCAUGUCGCCCAAGCAGCACGGAAGCACCCUGUAUACUGCUGUGCUCAGGGCCGCCGACAACACCCUGGCGGCGCUGGAGGAGUUUGCGAAGGAGAUCCCCGAGAUCUGCCGAGCGGGAAGAGCGCGGGGGCGAGAGAUCGGCUGGCGAGCACGGGAUGUGGUGGAGUCGCAUAUGGCGAUGCUGAAAGAUGCUAUGGCGGAACUCAAGGAGUGGCUUGAGAGUAACGACGACGACGACGAAGAUGAUGAGGCGGAUGGUGAAGCCAAGGACGAGGAUGCGUUCUGGGAUGCGCCAAAGAAGGCCCUCGCAAAGGACGACACUGAGGCUAGGGAGAAAGUGGACGCAUCGUUAAAGAAGAUGAAAUUGGUCACUAUUCUCCUCAACGCGGUGGUAAAGCGAAGACUGGCAGGUGAGGGAAAGUUACAGGAUACCCAGCGAUUGGAUACGAUCGCAGAAUUGGCAAAGAGUGUGGCAAACUCGGGAGACGAUAUCGGCAUGGGAUACUAUGAGGACAAUACAGACGAGGCUGCUGAGGCGCAAAAAGAGUUCGAGAAGAAAGCCAUUGAGUUGGCAGAGCUGGCAACCCUUGCGAACGAUGGUAAUGAUGAUUCGUUCAGCAAGUGGUUCCGGAAUUGCAGAGACGCAAUUUCAAAGAAUGGCUGA